AGGUUAACAAAAAUGCUCUCAGUGGUAACCAUAAUGAGUGACUCCGACCCAGCUGGUGCCGCCAACUCCUCCAUGACCAUGAUGACCGUGACCAUGACCAUGACCAUAAUGAGCCGGGUGCUGGGCAUGGCCGAUUCUCUUGACAACCGCUUGGAAACCGUUGUGGUGAUCUCCAAUGUAUUCUACAAUACGAGUGGUACCAUCGGCUUCCUUAAGGGUGUAGCCUCCCUUCACGUUGUGACCGUCUCUGUGCUCGUGUUGGGACUUGAUGUCGUGGGUGGUUUGUUUGGCAUUUUUGUCGUUUAGUGUUUGCUUUGCUUAUCCGAAAGAAGAAAAACGCGAAUAUGAGCCAGUUUAUUACAAAUUCCAGUACGGAGUGCAUGAUCCGCAAACAAAUGAUAUUAAAUCUCACUGGGAGCAUCGGGAUGGACACGUCGUUAAAGGCGAGUACAUGCUGAUGGAAGCCGAUGGAAGCAUGCGAAUCGUUCAGUACACUUCAGAUCCGCAUUUGGGAUUCCAGGCCGUGGUCAAAAGGGAAGGACACAUCCGUCAUCCUUCUUACGAGUCAGAUCAACACUAG